AUCACAUGAUCUUUCCCAGGCCCGGUAUUUCAUAAAAACGGAGCGGGGUGCAGGAAGGAGGCUGACACCGUGACUCCUGGUGCAUGGGCUUGGGGAGUGAGAGUCAGGCCCUGACUGAUUGCGGGGCGCUCGGACUCAGCAUGGAAAGUGUCCUCGGGGUCCUGGGAUUUCUGCUGCUGGCUUCGGGACUGCCGCUCCAGGAGGCCAAGCAAUUUCGUGACGUGCUGGGCCAUGAGCAGUAUCCAGGUCACAUGAGAGAACGCAGCCAGUUACGUGGCUGGUCUUCGGAUGAAACUGAGUGGAAUGAAAACCUGUACCCGGUGUGGAAGAGGAGGGACAGCAGAUGGGAGAACUCCUGGGAAGGAGGCCGUGUGCAGGCAGUUCUGACCAGUGACUCACCAGCUCUGGUGGGUUCCAAUAUCACAUUUGUGGUGAACCUGGUACUCCCCAGAUGCCAGAAGGAAGAUGCCGAGGGCAACAUCGUCUAUGAGAAGAACUGCAGAAACGAUUUGGGACUCACUCCUGACCGAUAUGUCUACAACUGGACAGCAGGGGCAGAAGAUGGUGACUGGGAAGGCAACGCCAGCCAAAGCGAGUACCUCGAGUUCCCUGACCGCAAGCCCUUCCCUCGCCCCCACGGAAGGAGGAGAGGGGGCUUUGUCUACGUCUUUCACACACUCGGUCAGUACUUCCAAAAACUGGGUCGGUGUUCAGCACGGGUUUCUGUAAACACAGCCAAUAUGACACUCGGCCAUCAGGUCAUGGAAGUGGCUGUCUUUCGAAGACACGGCCGGGUAUACAUUCCCAUUGCGCAAGUGAAAGACAUCUAUGUGAUAACAGAUCAGAUCCCUGUAUUUGUGACCAUGUUCCAGAAGAAUGACCGGAACUCAUCCGAUGAAACCUUCCUUCGAGACCUCCCUAUCGUGUUUGAUGUCCUCAUUCAUGAUCCCGGUCACUUCCUUAACGACUCUGCCAUUUCCUACAAGUGGAACUUUGGGGACAACACUGGUCUGUUUGUCUCCAACAAUCACACUUUGAACCAUACAUAUGUGCUCAAUGGAACCUUCAAUCUUAACCUCACCGUGCAAGCUGCAGUGUCUGGGCCAUGCCCUUCACCCACACCGCCAACAACCACACGACCAACAACCACACUGCCAACAUCCACACGGCCAACAACCACACCGCCAACAUCCACACCGCCAACAGCCACACGGCCAACAACCACACCGCCAACAUCCACACCGCCAACAGCCAGCCCCUCUUUAAUGCCUACAGGUGACAACCCCAUGGAGCUGAGUGGCAUUUCCGGUGAAAACUGCCAGAUAAACAGAUACGGUUACUUCAGAGCCACCGUCACUGUUGUAGAGGGAAUCCUAGAAGUCAACAUCAUCCAGGUAGCAGAUGUCCCAGUGCCACAGCCUGAUGACUCCCUGAUGGACUUCAUCGUGACCUGCAAAGGGGCCACCCCCACGGAAGUUUGUACCAUCACCUCCGACCCCACCUGCCAGGCAGCCCAGAACAGGGUCUGCAGUCCAGUGCACACGGGCCAGCCGUGCCUGCUCUCCGUGAGAAGAGCCUUCAGUGGGCCUGGCAUGUACUGUGUGAACUUCACUCUGGGUGAUGACGCAAGCCUGGCCCUCACCAGCACCCUGAUCUCUGUCCCUGGCAAAGACCCAGCCUCCCCUCUGAGAAUGUCGAAUGGUGCCUUGAUCUCCAUCAGCUGCCUGGCCCUGUUUGUCACCAUGGUUACCGGUAUCUUGCUAUACAAAAAACACAAGGCAUACAAGCCCAUAGGAAACGGCCCCGGGAAGACGGUCAAAAGCAAAAGCCUAAGAGUUCUCCUCAGCCACGCGAAAGCCCCGUUCUCCCAGGGAAACCGGGAGAAGGAUCCGCUGCUGCACAGCGAGCCAGGAAUGCCCUAAGUCUUCAGCCUUAUUUCUGACCAGGGGCCCGCUCCCGUGUGUUUACGUGAGCCGAGCAGAAACAUGUCACUGGUAACUGCUGUUUCCGAAGGAUUGUUGUAAAGUAUGUACCAUGGUUUAGGAGGUUCAUUGCAUGGCAUUUUAGAGAAGGGAUGACACGUCUUAGUGUUUUCUCCCAUUUGUGUCUUGGUUUUCACACUGUAACUAGGAUGCACACGCUGUGUCUGAAGAGGGAGGGGAAGGACAUUGCUCCUGAAGGUUCUGGGUUAACCGGGAGAGGAGGCUACAUAACCAUGUGCUAGUCCUGACCUGAAGACCAGCCUCCAUCUAAAUGAAAGUGCCUGAGCUCCUGACAGAAAGAUAAUACAAGCUUUUUGUACAGUGUGUGUGUAUACAUGUUAUACUCAUUAAAGACUAAUAAGCUGGUGUGAUUACUUUAUCAGGGUGAAAACUUCUCAUGUCUAGUUGAAUGACAUACUUAUCUGUUCAUUUAUCCAGGAACAUUUAUUUAGUGCUUUUCUGUAUAGCAACCGUGAUGCUGAGACUUGGUCUUGCACUCAGAGUUGGUGUGCUGUUGUGUACAUCCUGGCUCAUGGUGGAUGCUGGGGUGUGUGGCCAGGGUGCCUAUGUGGAAUCGUAUGCUAUGGUUUUUUAAGGUAGGCCACUUCUUUUCCUACCGGUUUCUGUGUGAAAAAUCACACAGGAAAUGAUCAAGGAUCCUGUGCCAUAUGUUAGACAUGACAUUCUUUUUUCUCCUUCCUGAAAAAAAUAAAAUGUGGGUUAAGAGGA